AUGGCCGGAACAUCAACGAAGAAGGUUCGGAAACCCUCAAAACGGUCUAAACCAUCUCCUCUACCGCCGCAGUAUGAGUUCACUCCAAGGACAACAGAGCCUCCACCUCGUGGCAACCGCAGAGCUGGACCAACGGUGAGUGACUACCCACCUCCGAGACAGCUGUUCGAGGAGUCUACGCCGAGGACCCAACCUCGAGCUGCUUCAACGCCUCUUUCUCAACCAGCUCCACCACCACAACCUCGAGGGUCUCAAAUCUCAGCCAAUGUUCGACCUCGACAACCUACGGUCUCUAUUAGGCGACAAUCUCCUAUCAGUUCUGAAGCUCAAAACUCACAAAAUACUGAAGCUCCAGAAGGUCCAGAUGAGGAUGAACCAGUCCCCAACUCACCAUUUCCAGUAGAACCGAAUCUGUCUGAAGACCAGACGAGGCUUCCCAACGCCCUUCUCUCCCAGCCCGGCCGAGAGCGCUACACCAUGAGCCUUUCUCCCACCUUCGAGCCUGGAACCAUGUGGUUAGUUACUUAUCUAUCUGAAUAUUUUAAGCUUAUGAGAUUGUGUCUGUGA